AAAUUCGUCCCCCUCUCUCCUGCCGACGCAAUCUUCACCUCCCCGGCCUACCUACGCAAUAACCCCAACAAGAACCCCGCAAGCCAGGAUCUGUGUGUGCGCCGGGUCCCAUUAUCAAAGAUCAAGCCGCAUCUGCUGGAGAAGGAGGCCGAGGGGAAGUUGACCGAGGCGUUUUGUCAGGGGCUUUGGAGUGGACUGGGCUACGCAUACCAACGCCACUACCUAUCCAAAAAAUACCAAAACACCACCACAACAGCCCACCAACUCUGGACGCGCCCAGAGCUCGCCAGCUCCUCCUACGAGCCCGGCACACAGAUAACAGACCAUUUCGAAGUGGUAUCCAAGACCCCCGAAUCCAUCGUCGUACGCUGCGGUGGGUCGCCGCUGGAACAGGGCGUGCGGGCCAGCGACGGCUUGUUUGAGAUGGGCGUGCAGAUUAAGAAGGAUGAGGGUGUUGCGGAGUUCCGGUUGAAGAGUGUGUUUUACAAGGGCUUGGGGAAGGCGGAUGGGCCGCCGAUGCCGGCGCAUGUGUUUUUUGCGCAUAAGCUUUAUACGAAGUUAUGGAUGGAGACGGCGGUUGGGAAUGUGGUUAUGUAA